AUGUUUAUAACCAAUCAAUUACCAUUGGCUACACCCAAGUUGUAUAGAUAUCUACUAUCUACAACUUACAAGAAUACCAAUAGUCUAUCGCAUCAAUUGCAUAUUAAGAUAGGUAUAUCAACAACAACUUCGGCAACAUCCCCACAACACUACCAAAAACACAAACCAUUUCUUAUAUCGCACCAAUUAUUUUCAACAUUGUCCAUAUUUCAACAGAAAAUGUCUUCGUCAUCAUCUCAAUUGCCGUCCUCGGAUAAGGAUAACCAACAACAACAACCACACAAAACACACAACAAACAAUCACACUCACACUCACAUUCACAUUCACGUACUACACCCGAAGCGGAUGGUGCUGACGCACAUUCCCAUUCACAUAGUGCUGGAAGUAGUUUGUUACAUCACCAUCAUUCAGCUCAUGAACCAAAUGAAUUUUUGGCUGCUGGCACAUCGUCGAUAAAAUCAAAUCCUGCAGUACGAAUCACUUGGAUUGGUCUUAUAGUCAAUGUCGCAUUAGCAGUAUCCAAAGGUAUUGGAGGUGUUGUAUUCCAUUCGCAAGCUUUAGUUGCUGAUGCUAUUCAUUCGGUUAGUGAUAUGCUUGCUGAUUUCUUAACUCUAGCUACUGUUAAUGUUGCUGCUAAAGUUGGUACACCUACAAAAUUUCCCUUUGGAUACGGUAAAAUUGAAACUAUUGGGUCUUUUACUGUUAGUGCUAUUUUAUUAUUUGCAGGUAUUUCAGUGGGAUGGUCUUCGUUAUUGCAAAUUUUUGAAUUUGUACUUCCUGUGCAAUUGUAUGAAAUUGCUGCCAGUAUAAACAUUGGACAUAGUCAUAGUCAUACUGACCUUGGUGGUGUAGCAACAUCCACACAUGAUCAUGGACACUCACAUACUCAUACUCAUACACCGAUGGGCACAGAGUUAACUACCCAUCGAGAAAUUCCCAACAUCAAUGCUGCUUGGUUAGCAGCAGGUUCGAUUGUUGCUAAGGAAAUCUUGUAUAAAAAGACUAUGCAAAUAGCCGUCGAAACCAACUCAAAAGUCCUAGUAGCUAACGCAUGGCACCAUCGAGUUGAUUCAUUAACGGCAAUAGUUGCAUUACUUACAGUUGCCGGCGGAGUCAUGUUCAACAUUGCCUGGUUGGAUUCGAUUGGUGGAAUGGGAGUGUCUGUUUUAAUUAUCAAAGCUGGUUGGGAUACUCUCAAAGAAGCGUGGUAUGAAUUGAUUGAUCGUGGUGAACAACCAGGUUCUGAUUUGUACAAUAAAGUGGAGUCGAUAAUAGCUCACGAAUUACAAAGUAACGCUCAGUUGAAUCAAUUUAAAUUAAAACAAUUGUCGGUGUUAUCGUCGGGUGCCAAUACAAAUAUAAAUUUUGUCUUGUUGACGCAAAAUAAAUCUAUUGAUUUAUUGACUUUGAAUCAAUAUGAAAAGACAUUGACUGAUUUGAUUAAACAAGAUGAUCGAUUUGUUCGAAAUGUAUCUAUAAAAUUUGAAGUUGCUAAUGAGGAAAACACUAUAGAAGAGAAGGAUAGAGAUGAUGGAGAAGAUAAACGUGUACAUACACACAAUCAUUGA